AUGCGGCUUGGGCUGUGUGUGCUGGCCCUGGUUCUGAGCUGGACACACCUUGCUGUGGGCAACCGGGGGAUCAAGGGCAAGAGGCAGAGGCGAAUCAGUGCUGAGGGGAGCCAAGCUUGUGCCAAGGGCUGUGAACUCUGUUCAGAAGUCAACGGCUGCCUCAAGUGCUCACCCAAGCUGUUCAUUCUGCUGGAAAGAAACGACAUCCGCCAGGUGGGCGUCUGCCUGCCGUCCUGCCCGCCUGGAUACUUUGAUGCCCGAAAUCCCGACAUGAACAAAUGCAUCAAAUGCAAGAUUGAGCACUGUGAGGCCUGCUUCAGCCACAACUUCUGCACCAAGUGUCAGGAAGGCCUGUACUUGCACAAGGGCCGCUGCUACCCAGCCUGUCCCGAGGGUUCCACGGCAGCCAACAGCACCAUGGAGUGCAGCAGUCCUGCACAAUGUGAAAUGAGUGAGUGGUCCCCGUGGGGACCCUGCUCCAAGAAGAGGAAGCUGUGCGGUUUCCGGAAGGGAUCGGAAGAGCGGACACGCAGGGUGCUCCAUGCUCCUGGGGGAGACCAUACUACCUGCACUGACAUCAAAGAGACCCGGAAGUGUACAGUGCGCAGGACGCCAUGUCCUGAGGGGCAGAAGAGGAGGAAGGGGGGCCAAGGCCGGAGGGAGAAUGCCAAUAGGCACACGGCUAGGAAGAACAGCAAGGAGCCAGGCUCCAACUCUCGAAGACACAAAGGGCAGCAGCAGCUGCAGCCAGGGACGGCAGGGCCACUCAUGUCAGUAGGACCCACCUAA